AUGGCCUUACAACCAUUUACGAAUGAACAAUUGAAUUAUUUCAAGUUUGCUUUCCUCGUGUUAAAUGAAUUUCCUAAAGCAUUACGGCAAACCUUUAAACAGAUGUGGAACAACACCUUUGCGUCACUUCCUGGUUUUCAACCCUGGGAUGACUCUCAUGCUGUACGUAACUUGUUCUUAAGUACUGAAGGUGGAGCAUCCAAAGUCCCCACACAUCUUUCCUAUGAUGAAUGGGAUUGCACAGUCUUGUUCCAGGCCACCAUCUACGCGCGCUCCUUUGCUUUGCCAGAUAGCAAAGGCCAUCACAGGAUACUCCAUGAUUUGUAUUUGAGGUCCUGUAAAUUACCACGUGGUACUUUCCAUUCCUCUGUGGUUAGCUCGACUGGAGAUGACGCAGAAACCUUUGCACUGGCGGUCGAUCAGCUUCGUUUGUUGAGAAAUUCGCUCUUUCAUUUAAAUAAAUCCGAAUUGGACAAAAUAAAAUACGAUCGAUACGUUCAACUCGCUAAAGAUUCGAUUAAAGCCCUUGGAGUUAAUACUGACCCUAUUGAUGCUGUUGGAGGUUUGACUGAGUCUGACUUUCCCACCGAGAAAGUUCGCAAGUUAGAAGAUGACGUCAAAAAAGAACUUAAAAAAAAAAACGAAUUCCUCGAAGAAGAAGUUAUUGACGACUUGCAGCUCUUACAGAAAUCUCAAAAGGAAGGUACUGAAGAGCUAAAGAAGACAAUCGAAUCUGCAAAUGCCACUACUCAAGGCACGAUUGAAACUAAGUUUGCCGAGUUCCAAACUGAAAGCAGACUUGUCAGAGAAGGUGUUAAAGAUGAGCUUCAUCUUCUACAGGAAUCACACAAAGAUGAUACCGAGAGCCUGAAAGAGGCAAUCGCUGCUAGUGAAGAAAGGAUGGUUAAGAAGAUUAACGAGUUUAGCCAAGAGAUGAAAGACCCUCUGAGGGAGCCCCAAAGUCUAGGUAAAUCGCAAAUUAAAACGCAAUAUUUUUGUGAUUCUGAUUUGACUAAAACUUGAACCGCGCUUUUACCGGGCUUCAACGAGCGACGUGGUGAUGCUAAGAACCUUUCUUUCCGUGUACUCACGAUUUUGUGUCCUUCACGAUCGCUGAAUAGUCUUGUAUGUAAUCAACACGCAAUGCCCUCUCUUUAAAAAACAGGUUUAGUACGAGGAAAAAAGGGGCUACAUGGGAAGCUACUCAAAAAACGACUCUGCUAUGUUUAGUCAAAGAUUGAUUAAACCGUUAUGAUUGCAGCCACGAAGGAGGGAUAAGAACUAAUCAACUAAAAGUAGUGUUUCCCUAUACAACUCUUUCAAGCUAUCACACAGUCGGUCGAGUCUUCUUUAUUUGUUCAGUUCACUUCCCUUGUACCACAAAGGAUUUUGAGGGCAUACUGAUUGAUCCUGUAAAAGCCGGUUCUUUAAUUAUAUUUUCAUUGUCUAAAACCCACUUCUUUCUAGGAUUUAAACCACGUUUUUCACGAUUGAAUCUUCCUCCUCACUUUACUGGCCGUGAAAAAGAAUGUGAAGAGAUUAUUGGCCACUUGACCUCUGAUUCGACGCAAAUCGUAUCUGUGUGGGGGUCACCAGGGUUUGGAAAGACGUCUACUGCAAUCGCUGUUGGUCACCAGCUUCAAAAGGUCGGUCUACCUGUCUGCUCUAUCUCACUACGCGGGCUUAAUUCAAAAGGUGAUUUAACGUCAAGGUUACUCAGUCACUUUCGAACUGCUGAAUCGAAAAAUCAGAGUUUGACAGCUGCCGAUGAAAUUGGUUUCAUCUUUGAAAGACUAUCGGAUCCAUGUUUGUUGAUUCUUGAUAAUGCAGAUGACUUGUUUGAAUGUGGCGAGCCAGAUGUGAAAGAGAAGACUGUUAAUUUAAUAAAAGACCUUCUCAAUCGCAGUGAAAAGGUCAAAUUUCUAUUAACCACACGGGAGCCAAUGGCCUAUUUGGAUAUGUCUCUACAGGGACACAAGUCCACCAGAAUAGGAGAACUCGACAAGUUGUCCUCAAGUGCUUUAGUGAAAAAGUUACUUCCAAAUGCGAGCUCCUCUGAGGCAAUAAAAAUCGCGCACAUGUGCGGGCAGGUUCCCCUAGCCAUAUGGUUGCUAUGUAAGUUGCUCUCUGACGAUUCUGCUCAAUGUAGUGCAGCUCUUGAUGAAUUUAUGUUGUCUAAAAGUAGCCUACUUGAGUCGCUGGACAACCCAGAAUAUACCAGUGAUGCAAGGCUUAAAACCCUGUUUGAAUCGUCUUUCCUGAGACUGUCUUUGGGGGACCAAGAAGCACUGGUGUCUUUGAGUGUUCUUUCAGAAACAUUUGAUCUUGAGAUUGCUACAGCCGUUUUAGGACUAGAGAGAUCCACCGAAACUAAGGAAGUUUUGAGAAGACUACAAGGGAGGGCUCUCAUAGAUAGAUGUUCAAACUCGGACAAAUUCUCCAUUCACAAACUUUUACAAUCCUUUGCAAAAGACAAGGGUGAACGUGAGAUGGGAGAAACAAUUUUGACUGCGAAUACUCGCUUUUUAUUAUUCUACAUUGACUUGGCUGAGAAACUCAAUGAGAUGUUCCUCACAGGACACUCCAUGAAAGCAUUGAUCAAGUUCUUCGACAAUGAAAGAAGCAUUGUCAAAAGUUUGAUGGAUGGUUGUACAAACAACGAGGUAGCGGACAGAGUUUUUCAUGUUUUGGAAAAAGCAGAGUUUUUUUUUGAUACUGCUUAUAACGACGACGAACCUAAUUUUGACAAGAUUUAUCAAACAGCAAUAGAGGCAGCUAGUCAGCUUGGACGAAGUGUUCUCCACAGACAACUGCUUCAAUCCAAAGCAUUUUUCUAUAUGACUUGGGGAGGAGAUGGGCAAACAAUGCCUUUGCUGUCGGAAGCCAGAAGACUUCAAAGUUUAACCACUACCUCUUGCCCCGAAGAGAGAGGCAAACAUUUGUGCUACUCUGGCAUCUAUCAGCUUGUGGUAGGAAAGACGGAAGAUGGAGUUGAAAGAUUAGAAGAAGCUAUUUCCCUUCUAAACAAAACUGCUGAGCUCAAAGUUCUGAGACUUAUGAUACUUCAAAUCCUUGCUAUUUUCUAUGGAUGCACAAAAGGCGAUUACAAGUUGUCAGCCAUGUUCUAUGACAGAGCAGUGCAAGAGUGCAAAGAGGCAGAAGACAUGCAUCUAUUAGUAAUUCCGGAUAAUAACGGAGAAGCAAAUUAUUGGGAUGAACACAGAGUACCCUCAAGUACAGAAAAUCUUGGAAACGAACCCAUUGAAAUUGGCGUGAUCUAUCUUGUGGUCAGCGCAAUUAAAAAAAUAUGUUCAACUGAAAUUACAGAUUUUUCGAUCAAGUUACUGCUCAGAAUACUUCGAGGCAUCGAGUCAACCAAUGAAAUGACGAAACCUGGAUGGUUUAGAUUUCAAGCAAUCGCAAUAACUAUGCUGAGUACGUUUCAUAGGUAUCAGGAAGGUUUAUCACUAACUCAGAAACUAAUAACCUACUACCUAAAUUCACUGAAGAAGGGGACGACAGGCGAAGAAAACUUUACCUCUAGUCUACAAAAAGAAGCUCUAGCAGAGUGGUAUUUGCUACAAGGGAAAAAUCAACAUUGCCUACGUCACUUCUCAGAAGCUUUCAUCUCAAAACAGCAUACUCUUACCAUCAUCUUAGAACUCUUCGGUGAAAAGCAUGUAAAGACUGCCGAUGUAUACUCAGAAUUAGGGUUUACAAAAUGCAAACAAGGAGAGUAUAACUCAGCUGUCGAGUUUUACAAAUGCGCACUCGACAUCAGAAUUCAAUUGCUUGGGGAAGAAGAUCGGAGGAUCGCUGUCAGCUACUUUAACCUGGGGGUUACCCAAUAUAUGCUUAAAGAUUACGCCUCAGCUACUAAGUCACACAAGCGAGCACUAAACAUCAGACAAAAGGUAUUGGGUGAAGAUCAUGCAAAGACCGCUGGCAGCUACCAUCAGCUUGGGCUUACCCAAUAUAUGCUUGGUGAUUACAAUUUAGCCACUGAGUCACACAGGCAAGCUCUAAGCAUCAGAAAAAAGGUAUUGGGUGAAGAUCAUGAGAAGACCGCUGUCAGCUACUUUAACCUGGGGGUUACCCAAUAUAUGCUUAAAGAUUACGCCUCAGCCACUGAGUCACACAAGCGAGCACUAAACAUCAGACAAAAGAUAUUGGGUGAAGAUCAUGAGAAGACCGCUGACAGCUACCAUGAGCUUGGGCUCACCCAAUAUAUGCUUGGUGAUUACUCCUCAGCCACUGAGUCACACAAGCGAGCACUAAACAUCGGACAAAAGGUAUUGGGUGAAGAUCAUGCGAAGACCGCUGACAGCUACCAUGAGCUUGGGCUUACCCAAUGUAUGCUUGGUGAUUACACCCUAGCCACUGAGUCAAACAGGCAAGCUCUAAGCAUCAGAAAAAAGGUAUUGGGUGAAGAUCAUGAGAAGAUCGCUGUCAGCUACUUUAACCUGGGGGUUACCCAAUAUAUGCGUAAGGAUUACGACUCAGCCACUGAGUCACACAAUCGAGCACUAAACAUCAGAAAAAAGGUAUUGGGUGAAGAUCAUGAGAAGACAGCUGACAGCUACCGUCAGCUUGGGCUUAACCAAUAUAUGCUUGUUGAUUAUACCUCAGCCACCGAGUCACACAAGCGAGCACUAAACAUCAGAAAAAAGGUAUUGGGUGAAGAUCAUGAGAACACCGCUGUCAGCUACUUUAACCUUGGGGUUACCCAAUAUAUGCUUAAAGAUUACGCCUCAGCCACCGAGUCACACAAGCGAGCACUAAACAUCAGAAAAAAGGUAUUGGGUGAAGAUCAUGAGAAGACCGCUGUCAGCUACUUUAACCUGGGGGUUACCCAAUAUAUGCUUAAAGAUUACGCCUCAGCUACUAAGUCACACAAGCGAGCACUAAACAUCAGAAAAAAGGUAUUGGGUGAAGAUCAUGAGAAGACCGCUGCCAGCUACUUUAACCUUGGGGUUACCCAAUAUAGGCUUAAAGAUUACGCCUCAGCCACUGAGUCACACAAGCGAGCACUAAACAUCGGACAAAAGGUAUCGGGUGAAGAUCAUGAGAAGACCGCAGACAGCUACGAUCAGCUGGGGGUUACCCAAUAUGUGCUAAGUGAUUACACCUCAGCCACUGAGUCACACAAGCGAGCACUAAACAUCAGACAAAAGGUAUUGGGUGAAGAUCAUGAGAAGACCGCUGACAGCUACUAUAACCUGGGGGUUACCCAAUAUAAGCUACAGGAUUACACCUCAGCCACUGAGUCACUCAAGCGAGCACUAAACAUCAGACAAAAGGUAUUGGGUGAAGAUCAUGAGAAGACCGCAGACAGCUACAAUCAGCUGGGGAUUACCCAAUAUAUGCUAAGUGAUUACACCUCAGCCACUGAGUCACACAAGCGAGCACUAAACAUCAGACAAAAGGUAUUGGGUGAAGAUCAUGAGAAGACCGCUGACAGCUACCAUCAGCUUGGGCUUACCCAAUAUAUGCUUGGUGAUUACACCUCAGCCACUGAGUCACACAAGCGAGCUCUAAGCAUCAGACAAAAUGUAUUGGGUGAAGAUCAUGAGAAGACCGCUGCCAGCUACUUUAACCUUGGGGUUACCCAAUAUAGGCUUAAAGAUUACGCCUCAGCCACUGAGUCACACAAGCGAGCACUAAACAUCGGACAAAAGGUAUUGGGUGAAGAUCAUGAGGACACCGCUGACAGCUACCAUCAGCUUGGGCUUACCCAAUUUAUGCUUGUUGAUUAUACCUCAGCCACCGAGUCACACAAGCGAGCACUAAACAUCAGACAAAAGGUGUUGGGUGAAGAUCAUGAGAAGACCGCUGACAGCUACCAUAGCCUGGGGCUUACCCAAUUUAUGCUUAGUGAUUACACCUCAGCCACUGAGUCACACAAGCGAGCACUAAAGAUCAGACAAAAGGUAUUGGGUGAAAAUCAUGAGAACACCGCAGAGAGCAACCAUGAGCUUGGGCUUACCCAAUAUAUGUUUGGUGAUUACACCUCAGCCACCGAGUCACACAAGCGAGCACUAAACAUCAGAAAAAAGGUAUUGGGUGCAGAUCAUGAGAAGACCGCUGUCAGCUACUUUAACCUGGGGGUUACCCAAUAUAUGCUUAAAGAUUACGCCUCAGCCACUGAGACACAAGCGAACACUAAACAUCAGACAAAAGGUAUUGGGGGAAGAUCAUGAGAAGACCGCUGACAGCUACCAUGAGCUUGGGUUUACCCAAUGAAUGGUUGGUGAUUGCACCUCAGCCACUGAGUCACACAAGCGAGCACUAAACAUCAGACAAAAGGUAUUGGGUGAAGAUCAUGAGAAGACCGCUGUCAGCUACUUUAACCUUGGGGCUACUCAAUAUAUGCGUAAAGAUUACGACUCAGCCACUGAGUCACACAAGCGAGCACUAAACAUCGGACAAAAGGUAUUAGGUGAAGAUCAUGAGAACACCGCUGACAGCUACCAUCAGCUUGGGCUUACCCAAUAUAUGCUUGUUGAUUAUACCUCAGCCACCGAGUCACACAAGCGAGCACUAAACAUCAGAAAAAAGGUAUUGGGUGAAAAUCAUGAGAAGACCGCUGUCAGCUACUUUAACCUGGGGGUUACCCAAUAUAUGCUUAAAGAUUACGCCUCAGCCACUGAGUCACACAAGCGAGCACUAAACAUCAGUCAAAAGGUAUUGGGUGAAGAUCAUGAGAACACCGCUGAUAGCUGCCAUCAGCUUGGACUUACCCAAUAUAUGCUUGUUGAUUAUACCUCAGCCACCGAGUCACACAAGCGAGCACUAAACAUCAGAAAAAAGGUAUUGGGUGAAGAUCAUGAGAAGACCGCUGUCAGCUACUUUAACCUAGGGGCUACCCAA